UUAAUUAGAACGCAAUGGAUUCGCGAGUACUGUUUUAUUGGAUGCAGUUGUGUCGAGUUACUGUAUCGUAAUUUAUUUUACCAUAAAAAAAUAACCUAUUCCUUUAAAGUUGAUAAAGUAUAUCUCGGGGAUAUUAAAUACAAAAUCAAAAUCAUUGGGAGCUAAGCGUCAGAUAUUUUUACUUCGCUCAAAAAUGACCUACUUGGAAGACUGUGAUUUGGAAGGUAUGCCAAGUAUACCGGAGUAUUACCGAGAAAAGACCAUCUUUUUGACAGGUGGCACCGGCUUCAUAGGAAAAGUUUUAGUUGAAAAGCUUCUCUACUCAUGUCCAAAUCUAGACAGAAUAUAUAUACUGGUGAGAUCGAAAAAGGGGGUGAAGUCUGAAGAUAGAAUGUCUGCUAUCUAUGCUUCCAAGUGUUUUGAUCGUCUCCGUAAAGAAAGGCCUGGAGCUUUUGAGUCCAAAGUGUUCUUCAUUGAAGGAGAUUGCAGUGAAUUAGGACUAGGUUUGUCUGAGGAAGACAGAGCAAUGAUUGUAAAUAAAACGCACAUUAUCUACCACGCAGCUGCAAGCGUGAGAUUUGACGACCCAAUGAAAUUGUCUGCGAAACUUAAUCUCCGAGGUACUAGGGAAAUUAUAGAAUUAGCUAAAGAUGUGAAACAUUUAGAAUGUUUUGUCCUCGUGUCAACAUCGUUCGCCAAUACUAAUCGUGAUCCCAUAGAAGAGAUCAUGUAUCCUCCUCACGCUGAUUGGAGGGAGACGCUGGAGAUAUGCGAGAAUGUUGAUGACCGUACUUUGAAUGUUUUGACACCUAAAUAUCUCGGUGAGAUGCCUAAUACUUACGUAUUUAACAAGCAGUUAGCAGAACACGUAGUUUAUGAGCAAAAAGGGAUACUGCCUAUUGUAAUCGUUCGGCCGUCUAUAGUCAUUUCAAGCAUCAAAGAACCUGUGCCUGGAUGGAUUGAAAACUUCAAUGGACCUGUGGGCCUUUCAAUUGCUAGUGCAAAAGGUAUACUCCGUACUGUAUACGCUGGAUCUGAUAUCAUUGCGGACUUCAUUCCUGUGGACGUGGUUGUUAAAGGUUUUAUAGUAGCAUCUUGGAUAAGAGGAACAAAAAUAGUCAAACCAACAGACGACAUCCCAAUCUACAAUACUUGCAACGGCUCAAUGGAUUAUAGUACUACUUUUGAAGAAAUAUUCAACAUAAGUCAGAAAGUUGUUCCCUCAUUUCCAUUGGACAAUAUGAUUUGGAGCUUUAGUGUCUCAUUAUGUUCUAAUAAAUCUAUAUAUUUUAUUAAGAUUUUAUUGCUGCAUGUACUGCCGGCUAUUUUGCUUGAUAUUUUACUAUGGAUGCUUGGAAGAAAGACAAUGGUACUUAAAAUCCAGCGUCGGAUAUAUUCAUCAAAUCUUGCUCUACAGUUCUAUACCACCCAGCAGUGGACUUUCUCUAACGAAAAUUUCCUCUCUCUUCGAUCAAAGAUAAAGGAAGAAGACAAGAAACAUUUCUACUAUGACAUGGAAAAUAUUGAUAAAAGUGAACUUAUGAUAAAUGGGAUUAUAGGAGGAAGAAGAUAUUUGCUCAAUGAAAAGGAUGAGAAUUUGCCUAAAUCCAGAGCACAUUUUAAAAGGAUCACAUUAUUAGACAAGAUUGUCAAGUAUCUGUUCUUCGGUUACAUAAUUUGGUGGAUCAUACAUACUGAUUUUGUACGUAAUAUUUGGGAUGACUUAUUACAAUAUUAAGUGGAGUGUAUUCGUACAGUGUCAACAAUUGUAAAAGAAAACACAUUUUUAAAUUUUCUAAAAUAUUUUUAUUAUAUUUUCAAUUUUAUAACCAGUAAGUAGAACUGAGUACAAAUAAAGUGACCGACACUUAAUAAUUGAAAAAAAAAAACAUACACACACGUAAUAGUAUAUGACUUAAGUAGUUUAUUAUUGCACAAUGGGAGAAAGUGCUUGAAAAUGCACUUUAUAGGUAUUUCGUGCAAUAAUAGACUUGCUGAAGUCAUGGGUAUGUGACCGAAACCCGCGUAACGAUUAUUUUAUCUGUGACUUAAGUAGUCCAUAUUUGCAUGGUGUAAAAUGGACGAUUUAAGUCACGGAUAAGCGUUACUUAAGUAAGGAUUUAGGUCACCCAGUGCUAUAAAAAGUGUUACGCACUUAAUACAUCACACAAUUACUGUUUUCAUAUCACAAUUCGAGUUGAGCUCUUUUUAUAUUUUAUGUAUAUUUUAUAAUCUAUAGUAAAAACAUUUUACUUAAUUUUCAAUUAAAAUAAAUAACGCUUUGUUUGGUAUUAAAAAUAAAUAAAAGGGUCCAAAAAUAAUUUACUUUAAAAUAAAUAUUUUUUAUUAAUUGGUAAUCAAUUAAAAAACAACCUAAAUAAAAUCGUAAAUAUUUUUUUAUAAUAUUAUAUUUCAUACUUAGAAUAUAAUAAAUUACAAAGCGUAAUUUAAUCAAAAAAAUUAUUCAAAUAAAAUUAGAUCUGUUUUAUUCAGAAAUAAGCCCUUCUUAUAAUAAACCUAAACUAACCUAACUUCAGCACAAAAAAGCGUUAUUUGAGCAUUUCAUUAAAUAUAUUUACAAUUUAUUGAAACUAAUUCUGUAUUUAUAAAUUACAUUAUUUAUUUUGUAAUAAAGCGUCAAAACAAAAUAAAUUAUGAAAUUUAUUAUCUUAAUUAAUAUUUAAACUAUUCAAUGUGAAACUAUUUUACAGGUAGGUAGUUAUUGGUAUAGUAAAACAGAUUCAGAUUGUCAUUAAUAUUAAAAUCGCUGGUUUUCAUUAAUUAUAUUUUUAACAAAUGUUUUCAUCGAUUGAAAUAUUAUUAUUUUAAAAAGCGUAAUACACAAAAUUUACUGACUCAGAAAUCAUUAUAAGGCAAGUUUUAAUAAAUAAACAAUUUCGCAUUUUUAUAUUACAAGUAAGUAGAAAUGCAAUAAUAUUUUAUUUAUUCGUUACCUUAUCCAUGAUUUGGAAUCUCAAAUUAUAUUUAUCAAUAAAAUAAAUUAUUACUUUAAACAAUAAGUCUUAUUUAUUGGUGCAUAAUAGUAUUAAUAAUUUCGAUUGCAAAUUUUUGGGUUGC